CAGGGUUUGAACUUUAAUAUCCUGAACUUUAUUCCAUUGUUUUUGCCACCCCCCCCAACGUUUAUCAAGACAUUGAGUCUCUGACUCAUGUAAAUAUAAAUAUGUGAACAACUUCCUCAAGAGGUUCCUUUAUUUUGAAAAACAAAAAUCUUUCAAAUGUUAUUAACAUCUUUUCAAAUUUUGAACCCAGAGGAAUUUGUAAAAUAAAUGAAGAUAGGCAAUGUUUUUAUUUGCCAUGGAUUUUUUUAGUUUACAAUCGUAUAGUCGCUAAAUUGCAACAAUUGGCAUAUUUCAAGGAUUCCGAGUACUUUGCACCUCAUAAGUGCCUCUCGUGUCUGGCGUGUCUGGUGAGUUUUUCCUGAAUGGCAUGCCAUAUGACGCCACUUCCACUCUUUGGCAGUGCAUCGCCCCGCAAUCAGUGACUGUUAAAAAGUUACAAAACUGAACCAGAAGUCGAACCAGAGGCAGAGCAGCAUCUGGCACUGUCCUGUGUCUGGUGGAGAUAAAAAAAAGAGUGAGAUAGAGGGAGGGGGGGAUUAGAACUGCUUCCCCUACUCAACACUGAAUAAAUGGUUAACAAAGCCCCAAACUGGUAUCAUGGAUGAUUGGAAUAUCAUACGUUACUUUUCAAACCAAUUUCCUUUAUUUUGAAUGUUGAAAUAAACCGCAAUAAAAUAACAAAGCUGCUCUGUGUUUGCAUAGAAGCACGCGCACACCUGCUGUGUGGAUAAAGACCACGACACUGGAGCCGAAGAGGAUUACACAUCAAAGAAAUAUGGAAAUAUUGUUGCGAAACAAGUCGAAACUACUAAGCUCUAGCUUUGACGAUCAGGAAAACACCUUUCAGUAACAAAACCUACCCAAACACACACACACACACAUAGACACUCACACUCACAAUCCCUCCCUCUCUCUGCUAGUCUCUCCCUCCCUCUCUGUGUCCACCCCCACCAAACCCUCACCUAUUUUUGGAAGAUGAUAUGGGGGACCCAGAUGUUACAUUUCACUGGCCAAUGGCGAGCGGAGAGGGGCUGGAUUGGUGUGCACUCCCGAUGCCCCUUCUUUUAAAAAGCUCCUGUCUCCAACUCAGCAACUAAACUCAAAGGAGGAACGAGCAGCUCGGCCAGCAGCAUCACUCACACCUGACGGCUACGCUCAGCUCUGCCUGAAGAAUCAACACUUUUUUUUUUUUUUUUAAUUUCUUUUUUAAUUGUAUGUCAACUCUGUAGAGGAUCAGAGAAAAGCAACCAACCCUCUGUGACUGAAGGUGUGGUGCCAUGUUGGAAUUAAAUAAGGUGGUGCUUCUGCUGUCUGUCCUGACUUCAGUGGCUCUGGGCCAAGGACCUGUGAGGACCAGGAGCCCGUCAGACAGGAGCAGGAGAGGGGCCUUCAAUGCGUUCGCUGACACGCAGACAACAGGCGUGACAGAGUGGACGUCUUGGUUCAACAUCGACCAUCCUGGAGGGAAUGGAGACUAUGAGCGCCUGGAGGCGAUCCGUUUCUAUUACAGGGAGAGGGUUUGCGUUCGGCCCGCCGCCAUGGAGGCUCGCACUACAGACUGGGUGGCAGCGGCAGACACCGGGGAAGUGGUCCACUCCAGUCUGGAGAAGGGCUUCUGGUGCAUCAACAGGGAACAGCCUCUGGGCCGCAUCUGUUCCAACUAUCAUGUCCGCUUCCAGUGUCCUCCAGUGCAGAGCUACUGGACUGAUUGGAGUGAGUGGGGUCCGUGUUCAACAACAGUCUGUAACGACGUGGGCAUCCAGGUUCGCCAGAGGAAAUGUGUGAACACUCAGCCCAUGCCUCUCCUGCUGGUGCCGGCGUGCCUUGGGCACCACUCAGAGAGGAGGGAGUGCUCCAAACCGCCGUGUACCGCCAAGUGGGGUCCGUGGGGUCGGUGGGGGACGUGUUCGGCGACCUGUGGUGGUGGUCGCAGGAUUAGGAGACGGACCUGUGUGAGGACCUCAGAGACAGUUCAGUGUACCGGGCGGCCUGUUGAAAUACAGAAGUGUGGGAAGAGUCCAUGCCAAGCCAAAUGUCAGCUUGUGUGCUCCGAGGGCCGCCCCAAUGAGGACUGCAGCCAGUGUACGUGUGAGGACCACGUGAUGCACGGAGAAGUCCACGGUGUGACCGGUGUCCCCGUGGCAGAAGCCUGGGUGGCUCUGGACAGCCAGCCCAAGGUGAUCCGUGCCCUUACAGAUGCCAAAGGUCAGUUCAGGCUCACAGGAAUCUGCUCCUCCAGCUCCACCUUGAUCUCCAUCAGGAAGGAUAAGUUUGCCCCGAUCACCGUCUCCAGCUCCAGUAACGCCACAGGGUUGUCCUGGGUACGAGUGGUCCUCAAAUCAGCCGAAAAGCCGUACAUUGUGAAGCACCCGGAGGACAAAGUGCGUUUUGAGGGAGGACGGGUGAUGUUGUGCUGCAAGGCAACGGGAUCACCAACACCUGACAAAUACUACUGGUACCACAAUGGGACUCUUCUGGACAGGAAGUUGUACAAGUAUGAAGAGGACCUUGUACUGUGGAGCCUGAAGCCGGAGCAGUCAGGGCAGUACUACUGCAAGACCAGCAGCUCUGCAGGCAGCAUCAAGUCCUCUCCAGCCCUCCUCACUGUAAUCGCGAAAGGAAAGCCAGCGUGCAAUUCCACCCCUGAGACGCACUUCAUCAGACUGCCGAUGGACUGUGUUCAACAUGGGACUGACUCCAUGCACUACAACACCGGCCGCUGCCCUCACAACAAAUGCUCUGGCUCCCUAGACUUUGAUAUGCGCUGCAGAGAUGAAGCCGGGUUCUGCUGCGGGGUCCAAAAUACGGAAAGUCGAAUCAUCGACUGUGGGAGCUACAGCCUCCCAAUCCGGGCUGUGACUCACUGCGGCUGUCAGAAGUGUUUGCAGCCGACUGUGCUGGUCCGUGGCAGAGUGGUCACAGCUGACAAUGAUGAGCCUCUGCGUUUUGGGCACAUCUAUAUUGGUAAAGAGAGGAUGGGCACCACUGGAUACCAAGGAGGGUUCACGCUGCAAAUUCCUCCUGACACACAGAGAUUAGUGGUCAAUUUUGUUGACCCCACUCAGAAGUUUCUUGACACUCCUAAAGUGUUCAUCCUCGAUAAGAAAGGUGGGUCCAUCUACCACAAUGUGAAGGUGAUGAGAAAGCAGACACCAAUUGACAUCAAUGCAGGAGAGACCAACUCUAUUAACCUAGGGGAAAUUGAAGGCGAAGACCCCAUUGGUCAGUUGGUUAUUCCUCCCAACUCCUUCCACAAGGACAAUGGAGAAAUCUAUGAGGGAACCGUGAAAGCCAGCGUCACAUUCAUUGACCCAAGAAAUAUCACCACGGCGGCCGCAGCGCCUGGUGAUCUCAACUUUGUAGACAGUGAGGGUGACAUGCUCCCUCUGAGGACCUAUGGCAUGUUCUCUGUGGACUUCAGAGACGAGACCAACAAGGAGGUGCUUGGAGCUGGAGCUGUUCAGGUCCUUCUCGACACGCAGCACGUCAAAAUGCCAGAGCACAUCCCCAAAAUGAAACUGUGGUCUCUAAACCCAGACACGGGUGUCUGGGAGGAGGAGAGUGACUUCUCGUACACCGCGACAACUGCUGGUGGUCAUGGGCGAAGCAAACGAGAGGAGCGCACAUUCCUCAUAGGCAACAUGGAGAUCAGAGAACGUAGGCUCUUCAAUCUAGACGUGCCUGAAAACAGACGCUGCUACGUCAAAGUACGUGCCUACAUGAGCGACAAGUUCCUAUCUAGUGAACAGCUGGAGGGCGUUGUGAUCAGCUUGAUAAAUUUGGAACCUAAACCUGGAUUUUCCUCUAAUCCUAGGGCGUGGGGCCGCUUCGACAGCGUCAUAACUGGACACAACGGGGCCUGUUUACCAGCUUUCUGCGAUGCCCAAAGGCCCGAUGCUUACACAGCUUAUGUCACAGCAAUGAUGGGUGGGGAAGAACUUGAGGCAGCUCCGUCCUCCCCCAAGAUGAAUCCAAACAUCAUUGGUGUGUCCCAGCCAUAUCUGGGUAAACUGGACUACCAGCGCUCCGACCACGAGGAUCCGGCUCUGAAGAAAACGGCCUUCAAAAUCAACUUAGCAAAGCCUAACCAAAAUAAUCUCGAUGAGACAAAUGGGCCAAUAUAUCCGUAUCAGAAUUUAAUAGGUUGUGAAAAUGCCCCUAUUGAUGCGAAUCAUUUCAGAUUCUUCAGAGUGGAAAAGGACAAGUAUGAGUACAAUGUUGUUCCCUUUGAGGAGAACGAUUUGACGACCUGGAUGGGAGACUACCUCUCCUGGUGGCCCAACCCCCAGGAGUUCAGAGCAUGCUUCAUUAAGAUCAAGAUCCAUGGACAGAAGGAAGUGAUGGUCAGGUCGAAGAAUCUCGGAGGAACACACCGAGAAACGAAGGGCAAACUUUAUGGCAUAAGAGACAUCCGCAGCACCCGGGACAUGCGAGAGGCCAACACCUCCGCGGCCUGUUUAGAGUUCAAAUGCAGCGGCAUGUUGUUCGAUCAAGCCGAGGUGGACAGAUCCGUCAUUUCGGUGCUUCCACAGGGGAACUGUCGCAGGACCGGCACCAACAGCCUCCUCCAAGAGUAUCUCCUCAAACAUCCACCAGUCGCUCAAAACAACGAGUCCCAUGGAUUCACCAUGCUGGCCCCCGUUGAUCCUUUGGGACACAACUAUGGCAUCUACACAGUCACAGACCAGAACCCCAGGGUGGCCAAGGAGAUCGCUAUCGGCCGCUGCUUUGACGGCACCUCGGAUGGUUUCUCCAGGGAGAUGAAGACGGACUCCGGUGUGGCGCUGACCUUCAGCUGUCCAGAGAGGAAAAUUAACAGAGAAAGCCUUUUCCAACGCCUGCAGACCAACCCGGCUCAGACUCUGUCACAGAUGGGGAGGAGCAUGAGGGAGUCGGAUGGUAUGCAGGUGCAGAGGUUACCCACCCGGAUUGUGGCCUAUCCUUCAGAGCAGCAGGGCAGGACCCAGGGUCGCAGAGUCACCUCUACAACCAGAAGAAGAGUGUCCAUGCGCACACAGCAACGGCAAUAGAUGUUCCAAGCUCUUCCAUCAAGACUGAUAUGAUGCCGUCGAAUCAAGGAAGUAAAAGUUACCGGUCUGUUGAUGAGUAUGAACUCCC